GGGGCCGCCCCGCCCCGAAGCCGCCCGUUUCCUGCGGGGCGGCGCGACGGCACCUGAGUGACUGCGGCGGCGGCGCCUUGGAGCGGGCGGCCCGGGCUGUGGUGCCCGCGCCGCCGCGUCUUCCCGGUUUCCUUCCCCAGCGCGCAGGGUAAUUUUUCCUGUGUUGCUUAUAAGACUUGCUUUACACCUUUUGAAUUAUACAGUGUUACUACAGGUUUUAUAGGUUCAUAUUAAUAAAAGCACCAUGGAGUUUUAUGAGUCAACAUAUUUUAUUGUCCUUAUUCCUUCAAUAGUUAUUACUGUAAUUUUCCUCUUCUUCUGGCUUUUCAUGAAAGAAACAUUAUAUGAUGAAGUUCUUGCAAAACAGAAAAGAGAACAAAAGCUUAUUCCUACAAAAACAGAUAAAAAGAAGGCAGAAAAGAAAAAAAACAAAAAGAAAGAAAUCCAGAAUGGAAACCUCCAUGAAUCUGAUUCAGAAAGUGUACCUCGAGACUUUAAAUUAUCUGAUGCUUUGGCUGUAGAAGAUGAGCAAGUUGUACCUGUUCCAUUGAAUGUGGUUGAAACUUCAAGUAGUGUUAGGGAAAGAAAAAAGAAGGAAAAGAAACAAAAACCUUUACUUGAAGAGCAAGUCAUCAAAGAAAGUGAUGUAUCAAAGGUUCCUGGCAAAAAAGUAGAACCUGUCCCAGUUACAAAACAACCCACCCUGCCCUCCGAAGCAACUUCCUCAAAGAAGAAACCAGGGCAGAAGAAGUCUAAAAAUGGAAGCGAUGAUCAGGACAAAAAGGUGGAAACUCUCAUGGCACCAUCAAAAAAGCAAGAAGUAUUACCCUUCCAUCAAGASACUAAACAAGAAAGUGGAUCAGGAAAGAAGAAGGCUUCAUCAAAGAAGCAGAAGACAGACAAUGUUUUGGUAGAUGAACCCCUUAUUCAUGCAACUACUUAUAUUCCUUUGAUGGAUAAUGCUAACUCAAAUCUUGUGGUAGAUAAGAGAGAAGUUAUUGAUCUGAUUAAAUCUGACCAAGUAGAAGGAAUCCAGAAAUCUGGGACAAAAAAGUUGAAGAUUGAAACUGACAAAGAAAAUGCUGAAGUGAAAUUUAAAGAUUUUCUUCUGUCAUUGAAGACUAUGAUGUUUUCUGAAGAUGAGGCCCUUUGUGUUGUAGACUUGCUGAAAGAAAAGUCUGGUGUGUUACAGGAUGCUUUAAAGAAGUCAAGUAAAGGAGAAUUGGCUGCACUUCUGCAUCAGCUCCAGGAAAAGGACAAGUUGCUUGCUGCUAUAAAAGAAGAUGCUGCUGCUACAAAGGAUCGGUGUAAGCAGUUAACCCAGGAAAUGAUGACAGAGAAAGAAAGAAGCAACGUAGUUAUAGCAAGGAUGAAAGAUCGGAUUGGAACAUUAGAAAAGGAACAUAAUGUAUUUCAGAACAAAAUGCAUGUCAGUUAUCAAGAGACUCAACAGAUGCAGAUGAAGUUUCAGCAAGUUCGUGAGCAGAUGGAAGCAGAGAUAGCACACUUGAAGCAGGAAAAUGGUAUACUGAGAGAUGCUGUUAGCAACACUACAAACCAACUGGAAAGCAAGCAGUCUGCAGAACUCAAUAAAUUGCGCCAGGAUUAUGCUAGGUUGGUGAAUGAGCUGGCUGAGAAGACAGGAAAGCUACAGCAAGAGGAAGUCCAAAAGAAGAAUGCAGAGCAAGCAGUUACUCAGUUGAAGGUUCAACUACAAGAAGCUGAGAGAAGGUGGGAAGAAGUUCAAAGCUACAUCAGGAAGAGAACAGCAGAACAUGAGGCAGCCCAGCAAGAUUUACAGAGUAAAUUUGUGGCCAAAGAAAAUGAAGUACAGAGUUUGCAUAGUAAGCUUACAGAUACGUUGGUAUCAAAACAACAGUUGGAGCAAAGACUGAUGCAGUUAAUGGAAUCAGAACAAAAAAGGGUAAACAAAGAAGAGUCUCUACAAAUGCAAGUUCAGGAUAUUUUGGAGCAGAAUGAGGCUUUGAAAGCUCAAAUUCAACAGUUCCAUUCCCAGAUGGCAGCCCAGACCUCCGCUUCAGUUCUAGCAGAAGAAUUACAUAAAGUGAUUGCAGAAAAGGAUAAGCAGAUAAAACAGACUGAAGACUCUUUAGCAAAUGAACAUGAUCAUUUAGCAAGUAAAGAGGAGGAACUUAAGGAUAUACAGAAUAUGAAUUUCUUAUUAAAAGCUGAAGUACAGAAAUUACAGGCCCUGGCAAAUGAGCAGGYUGCUGCAGCACAUGAAUUAGAGAAGAUUCAAAAAAGUGUUCAUAUUAAGGAUGAUAAAAUACGAUUGCUGGAAGAGCAGCUACAGUGUGAAAUUUCAAACAAAAUUGAAGAAUUUAAGAUUCUAAAUGACCAAAACAAAGCAUUACAAUUAGAAGUUCAGAAACUACAGACUCUUCUUUCUGAACAGCCUAAUAAAGAUGUUGUGGAACAAAUGGAAAAAUGCAUUCAAGAAAAAGAUGAAAAGUUAAAGACUGUAGAAGAAUUACUUGAAACUGGACUUAUUCAGGUGGCCACUAAAGAGGAGGAACUGAAUGCAAUAAGAACAGAAAAUUCAUCUCUGACGAAAGAAGUUCAAGACUUAAAGGCUAAGCAAAAUGAUCAGGUUUCUUUUGCAUCUUUAGUUGAAGAACUUAAGAAAGUGAUCCAUGAGAAAGAUGGAAAGAUCAAGUCUGUGGAAGAGCUUCUGGAAGCUGAAGUUCUCAAAGUUGCUAAUAAGGAGAAAACUGUUCAGGAUUUGAAACAGGAAAUAGAGACUCUAAAAGAAGAAAUAGGAAAUAUCCAGCUUGAAAAGGCUCAACAGUUAUCUAUCACUUCUCAAGUUCAGGAGCUUCAGAAGUUAUUAAAAGGAAAGGAGGAACAGGUGAAUACCAUGAAGGUUCUUAUAGAAGAGAAGGAGAAAGAUCUAGCCAAUAGAGAGAAAUGGUUACAGGAUCUGCAAGAAGAAAACAAAUCUUUGAAGACUUAUAUGCAGGAAGCAGCACAACGUAACUUGCAGGAGGCGUAUUCUACAUCACAAUUUGAAGAGCUUGAAAUUGUGUUGAAAGAGAAGGAAAAUGAAAUGAAGAGAAUAGAAGCUGUGCUAAAAGAGAGGGAGAGCGAUCUUUCUAGCAAAACAAAGCUGCUACAGGAGGUACAAGAUGAAAACAAAUUGUUUCAAUCCCAGAUUGAGCAGCUUAAGCAACAAAAUUACCAACAGGUAUCUUCUUUCCCCCCUCAUGAGGAAUUAUUGAAAGUAAUUUCAGACAGAGAGAAGGAAAUAACUGGUCUCCAGAAUGAGUUAGAUUCUUUGAAAGAUGCUGUUGAACACCAAAGGAAGAAAAAUAAUGAAAGACAGCAACAUGUAGAAGCUGUUGAGUUGAAGGCUAAAGAGGUUCUCAAAAAAUUAUUUCCAAAAGUGUCUGUCCCUUCUAAUUUGAAUUACAGUGAAUGGUUGUGUGGAUUUGAACAGAAGGCCAAAGAAUGUAUAGCUGGAACUUCAGGUUCAGAGGAGGUUAAGGUUCUAGAGCACAAGUUGAAAGAAGCUGAUGAAAUGCACACGCUUUUACAGCUGGAGUGUGAAAAAUAUAAAUCUGUCCUUGCAGAAACAGAAGGAAUUUUACAGAAGCUUCAGAGAAGUGUGGAGCAAGAAGAAAAUAAAUGGAAAGUUAAGGUUGAUGAAUCACAAAAGACUAUUAAGCAGAUGCAGUCAUCAUUUACAUCUUCAGAGCAAGAGCUAGAGCGAUUAAGAAGAGAAAACAAAGAUAUUGAAAAUCUGAGGAGAGAACGAGAACAUUUGGAAAUGGAACUAGAGAAGGCAGAAAUUGAACGAUCUACCUAUGUUACAGAAGUCAGAGAGCUGAAAGAUCUGUUGACUGAAUUGCAGAAAAAACUUGAUGAUUCAUAUUCUGAAGCAGUAAGACAGAAUGAAGAGCUAAAUUUGUUGAAGACCCAGUUAAAUGAAACAGUCAUAAAACUUAAAACUGAACAAAGUGAAAGACAGAAGGUAGCUGGUGAUUUACAUAAGGCUCAACAGUCACUGGAUCUUAUCCAGUCCAAAAUAGUAAAAGCUGCUGGAGACACUAUUGUUAUAGAGAAUAGUGAAGUUUCCUCAGAAACGGAGUCUUCUGAAAAGGAGAAAAUGUUUAUAAGUCUAAAUCAGACUCUCACACAGUUACAGCAGUUGCUACAGUCAGCAAACCAACAGCUCACAAAGGAGAAAUAACACUACCAGGCCUUGGAGUGAAGUGACUGGGAAACCAUUCGUUUGAGGAUAACAGAAGGCAUUGUAUUAUAUUUUGCCAAAUUAAAGCCUUAUUUAUGUUUUCACCCUUUCUACUUUGUCAGAAACACUGAACAGAGUUUUGUCUUUUCUAAUCCUUGUUAGACUACUGAUUUAAAGAAAAACAUUUAAAAAAAAGCCAACUCUGUAGACACCUUCAGAGUUUAGUUUUAUAAUAAAAACUGUUUGAAUAAUUAGACCUUUACAUUCCUGAAGAUGAAAUAAACAUGUAAUCUUUUACCUUAUUUUGCUCAAUUAAAUUGUUCAGAAGAUCAAAGUGAUAAAGACAAUGUAAAAUUUAACAUUUUAAUACUGAUGUUGUACACUGUUUUACUUAACAUUUUGGGGAGUAACUGCCUCUGACAUCAACUCAAGAAAACACUUUUUUGUUGCUAAUGUAAUCAGUUUUUGUAAUGGCAGUCAGCAAAUAAAGGGUUGCUUAUUA